AGCCAGACCCUGUGUGGCUGAAGGGCCUAAACAAGGGGAAAAAAACUUCUGUCGCUGCUCAGAGAGAUAGGAUUAUGGCGGCCUCUGGGCCAAUACAUGGCAGAAGUUCCUUAUCACAGCGCACCACCUCUCCUGCCAAAGACAUUCCUGAGUCACAUUCCCAGGCCAUGCCCAGCGCAGAUCUCUUAAACAGACUUUCGCCGGACGAUAUAGUUGUUGUUAAAGAUGAACCUUCCGACGUUUAUCCUGUGGAGUUGCAUGUUCAUGAGUCUUUGGAUUCUUCGUUUGUGGGCAGACGCAAGCGUUCUGCCGCGGAAACAGUCUCUCGCGAACACUGGUCGCAUGACCCAUCUUCUGGGUCUCCAAAACACAGGAGAAUUUCCUCCACAGCUGAAUCUCCCUCCAAUCAAAGUCUUAUGUCAGUGAUAGGAGGUUUUAAGGAUAAACAGGAGAGUGAGUUAAAGGGAGAUAACUCAGUAUUAUCAGCUGUGUCUGAUGCUGAUUUACAUGGAAGUGCUGCAUUAGCAUCCAGAAGUACUGUAGACCCGCAGGCCGAUCUGUCAGCAGAUUUUAUGGACACAACUCUAAAUAACUCUCAGUCGACUCAAGACAUUAGUUGGAUGAAUCAGUCUGGAAUGAGUGGUGAGCAAUCUGGAUUUGGUGUGGAGCAGUGGAGAAGGGGGACAACGGCACCGUCACACCACCAGAUGGCGCAGUGCGCGACAACCAUGUCGCACCCGUCCGUGAAUUUCCACAGGAGGAAAAAGAUGGCCAACACGGAAGGAUUGCCGAAAGUUUCUGUAUCCAAUAUGGUGGUUGCAGCAAGGAUUGUAGAGGAAUGGCUGUGGAGCCAGCAUUCGUACAGCGAAGCGAGGAGCAUCGAGGAAAUCGAGCCAGAGAAACUGGACAAGUAUUUAGCGAACUUCUUUCGGACCAUCAAACGCCCCGAUGGCGAAAACUACAAACGUCGAUCAUUCGGCAAUCUACGUACAAAUCUCGGGAGCUACCGUAUUGGACUCACCUCUGGCCAUGUCGAAUGACGGCGAAGGACUGGGCAGUGAUCAGAGCAACCUGGCAAUGGACGGCGUUCUCAGAGGUCACGUGUCCAACAAAGUCAGACGAACGUACAUCCGAGAUAUUGACAGCUUGGCCAAAACCACCGUGAAGAACAUGGUGGUAUCAGCCGCGACAUUUGAGCGCUGGUUGUGGUCAAAUUCCAGUUUCGGCGAUAAGAGAAUGGUGUUUGAAAUUCCUGCGUCCGUCUUGGAUGGGUACUUGGUAGAGUUCUUCUCUUGCAUCAAGACUCCUAGCGGGGCUGACUACAAACCACGAUCCUUAGAGUCCCUCCGGUGGGGCAUCGAUCGUUAUCUGAAAUCCACGGGUUACCCCGAAUCCAUCAUCACGUCAACCCCAUUUUCAGCUGCCAGUAAAGCCUUCAGACUUCGCAUGUCUAUUCUCCAGCGUAACGCGGCAGUGGAGAAGAUGGUUCAGCCACAACAUGAGUACGUUGGCUGAAGAGUGACUAGUAAAACUUCUGGCUUGAGAUACAUUUUUCGUUAUUAGUAUUGUCGUUUUCGGUGCAAUGAAACAAAUCACUUCGCAUAGGAUGUCGCCCUGUUGUACUACGGUGGCGGACAAUUUAGCAGAAAUUAAUGGUAAUGAAGUUCGGAGUAAUUAUGGGGAACGCAUCCCCCCUAAUUCCAGUUUGUCCAUUUGGGUUAAUCCUGUGUUCUUUACUGUAAUAUAUGAUCACUGCUCCUGUAUUGUUGACCUCGAAAAGCAGAGCGGUAGUGCAUAAGCACUGUGGUACCGUGGCGGAGAAUGGUGUGUUUCAAUCGGCAUGGGAACGAGUUUUUGUGCUGAAUUUAUUUCUUCAUAAGUUUAAGACAUUGUAAUGUUACAAGUGGAAAGUUCAAAGCAUCAAAUUUGUGAUCUGUGAGAUCAAUCGGAAGACAUUAAAACUAAGUUGUGUGGUGGAAGAUUACAGCCUUGGAGUUUUAGACGUAAUGACUACAUUAUGAUGGCCAUUGACUAGACCCGAAACCGGAAAACAUUACAACUGUAAGCUGUGUGGUUCAAGAUUACAGUCUUGGACCAUUCACUAGGCCAGAAACUUGCCCAUUCAAUACAUCUUAGUCAGGGUCUAUAGGAAUUCAAGGUUUGAAUUGAAUCUAUGGUUUUACUCUUGAAAGAAAUGUAAAUCGACCCACGAGAAUGAAAUAUAUACUUGAUUAUAUUAAAACGUGGAAAAAGAUAAACUUUCAAAGAAGUGAUUGAUUGAGUUAAUGUAUUUGUGGGAGUUGGGUGCUGCGCUCGCCCCGCGUUUCCAGUAAUUUCAUCAAUGACGUCAUUUCCAAGAAUUUCUUACCAUUGACGAAAAAUAUUCAUAAAAUACAGGGGUUUUUAUUAGAAAUAUGAUAUAUUUUUGUUGUAAUUUUCUUCAUUUCAUUUAAACCCAUAAUUUUAAUUACAUUU